UUCUCCGACAAAAAGAAAAGCUGGCGGUCGCGUGCCAUGGCGGCUGCUGCUGCGGGUCUCGAUGUACACCUUCACCCGCUGGUGCUCAUCAAUGUCUCGGAUCACGUGGUGCGUUUCCGGAGCGCCGGGCGGCCGGAGCGAGUGCUAGGAGCUCUUCUCGGGGCUCAGGAGGGCAGGCGAGUGGACGUCCACAACUCCUUUGAGCUGGUUUCGGUGGAGUCGGAGGGUGAGAGGACGAUUGACCUCGAGUUCUUUCAGCAGCGCCUGGCGCAGUACAUGGAGGUCUUCCCAAGAUACGAGUUCCUCGGCUGGUAUUCCACUGGGUCGCAGCCGGAGGAGGCGGAUCGUGCUCUGCACAAGAAGAUCCAGGAGGUCGGGGCCAAUGAGAACCCCUUCGCCCUCCUUGUGGAUGCGGAGAAGAUGUCUCAACAGAAGGCAUCGCAAUCCGAGGAGCUCCCUGUGAAGGUCUAUGAUGCCACGACCCACAUCGAGCACGGUGUGGCGAAGGUCACCUGGAAUGAGGUACCCUACAUCAUUGACACGCUGGAAGCAGAGCGAAUAGCAGUCAAUCACGUGGCCAAGUCUGCAACAACUGCUGCAGCAGGCUAUUCGUCCGACUUCACUCAGCAUACCAGCGGUCUGUCAAACUCCGUGGUGAUGCUCAGCAACCGGAUCAAGGAGCUCUUGGAGCACAUCAAGGACGUGAAGGAAGGCCGAGCGCCCAAGAACCAGGAGGUUUUGCGGCAGACGCUGUCCAUCUGCCAGGCGCUCCAGUCCGUGCACCCCAGCUCCUUGAAGCAGGAGUUCUGCGGCGAGUUCAACGAUGCCACUCUGGUGGUUCUGCUGGCCACUCUGACCAAGGUUUGUGCACAUACCUCCGACCUUCUCGACAAGUUCCAGCUUGCUUACGACAGGAAGCACCGCUCACGCCACUACCCCUUCGGCUGAGCCGGCAGAUGUGCUGGCCGUGGGGAAAGUGCUGAGUUGUGGGGUUAAAGGGAAACUCAAGGACAACCAGUCUUAGGGUGGGCCCCUAUUUUGGGAACCUCCAAAUACCGGCAACAAAGG